AUGCGUCUUCUACCCUCACUGCCCCUACCCUCGGCGGCUCAAGCUAGCACCCUCACCAGCUGCAACGAGCCCCAGCGAAGUAAAAUAGCAAAAGUACAAAGAGCAUCUUGCUUAACUUUGAGAGGAGGUGGUGCCGAUGGUGUUGAGGACUUUACGUACUUUGCCAGGAGGAUGCAGGCUGUUAGUGCAACCUUCCGUGGCCACCACCUUAUCAACAUUGUUCCAAGGCCACAGAGGAACCGGGAAAACACUGCCAUUUUCUGUUUUACUAAUGAUCUCCUCCGCACUGCAUCAAACCAAGCCCUCGCAGGCAACGCGUCCAAUGUCGCCCUGGGCUUCGUCUGGGAGAGAGCUAGUUUCUUCGCCUCCGACUGCCAUGCCCCUCAGAACAAAACGGGGAAUCUCAUUGGAACUGCCUUUGCGGUUCGCGAUAUGAUGGAGAUUGUAGACGCUCUGGGCAUGUUCUCACACGCACAUAAUACAAAAGAUGCUAGCAUGCUAAUACGGCACAGGGAGACGGAACUUUUUUCUGACAGUGAUAAUGUCAUGAAGGGUUCCGUCAAAGGCUGUAUUGCCAACCCCGAGGCGGGUGUGCUCGCAAAAAACCAGACAGCCGCUCAACUUGAGGAGUCCAUCUAUCAACUUUUCCAGAAACUCGAGUCUGAACCCAUUGGCGUUCCGGUACCGGGCUAUCCAGGCGGCGGACUCCUCAUCAACUACAGCUUCAUGUCCGCCGUGAUAUUCCGGCAGCUAUACACACCUUCCAUAUGGCAAUACACAGCAAAGUGCAUUAAAGCACUCAUGACUGGCCAGAGCAUGGAUCCCGGCCUACAGCACUGCGUGCCCCGUCUCACACAAACGACUAGCGCCGAGGCAUCGGCCAAAGCAGAUCAAGAAGCGCAGUUCGGCAUCAAGUGUAGCGACGUCCGAGUCCGCACGACAAACUUGACUCAGGUGCUUCUUGUGCUCGGAGAUCGUUGCAAGAAGAGCCGCUUCUUUGGAGACUAUGCCGACACUGUUCUUGCGAAAUGCGCUCACUGGACACUACCAGCCAAGGAGCGCUACAUGGGCGACUUUAACGUGAAGUCCAAGAGUCCCGUGUUGACUAUCGACAAUACAAAUGAUCCCGCCACACCUCUGGUUUCCGCAAGGAAUGUCAGCGAGACGUUCAAGGGGAGUGUGCUGUUGCAGCACGAUUCAUAUGGGGCAAGUUGCCCUUGUGCCAGGCGUUUAGCACAAGCCAAAGCUCGAUUCCUUGCAGGCACCGCGCCCAUCCAACAAGCUCCUUAUUCACGCAGCAAGGCUACCAAGCCCCCCUCUUUAAGUCUGCUCGUAUCCUGUGCCUCGUGCUCGCCACAGAACCCCCCUCACCGUCAUCAUGCUGAUCAACUAAUAUUUGCAAGAGUGCGGACCCUGACCGGCAAGGAGAUUGAGCUGGACAUUGAGAGCGACUACAAGGUUUCGCAAAUCAAGGAAAAGGUCGAAGAGAAGGAGGGCAUUCCUCCCGUUCAGCAGCGUCUUAUUCACGGUGGAAAGCAAAUGACCGAUGACAAGACGGCUGCCGACUACAACCUUGUCGCUGGCGAUACGUUGCACUUGGUGCUUGCUCUGAGAGGAGGUGCGAAACGAAAUGCAUAG